UCUGGCCACACUGCCUUCGGUGCAUUUCUGGCACCUCUGUACUGUAUGCCAGUCAUCUGUAUUUAUCGAAAAGUGUGGUGAAUAAAACAAAUUCAAACGUACAUUUAAAAUACUAAAAUUAAGAUUGAAUGAAAUGGAAAAACAAGUGCUAUUAAAAAAUAAGUGAAAAUCGAAGCUAUAAUUUAUUACAAUCGAUAAAGUUUCAUUUUGAAACAAGCAGUAAUUCGUUGGAAUUAUAUAGAGAUCUUCAAACGUACUUUUUUUCUAACCUUUUACAAGUAUAUGCUCAAAAUGUUUAUUAAUGCGGUUACGUGCAGUUUAAGACUAAAUUCUUCGAGAAAAAGUAUUAAAAAAUCGGUUUUGUUAAUUCGUAAUAUUAAUAACUUUCAAUAUCCAAUUCCAAGGAAUUUUACAAAGUUUUCUUAUGGAAAAGAAACACGUGAAGUGAAUUACCCAUUUUUGUCAUUUUUCAUCCCAGCUUGUUUCGUUCUAAGCUUCAUCGAUUGGGAAGGUUUGAGAGGAAAGUAUUUGUCUACCGUUUAUGCAGCAGAGAUUGUUGCUGAAGACACACGUGGUAAUAAUGAAGACUUGGUUCGUGGACAAGAAGAAGAACAAAGUAAAAAGAAGGCAAAAGAAAAAAUCGGCUUUCGAGAUAGAAAGAUAAUAGAAUAUGAAAAUCGAAUGAGGCAUUAUUCCACACCUGACAAAGUAUUUCGAUAUUUUGCUACUCUACAAGUGACCAACAACGACAUUCAUGAAAUCUUCAUGACACCUGACGACUUCCUGAGAUCCAUAACGCCUGGUGUUAAACAGCCAGAUGGUCUUGGAUUGGAUAAAUACAAACGCUACGAUCCAAAGAAUAUUCAUACGAAAUUAGAAUUGGCUCUGGACGAGGACAGUAUUUUCUAUAAACUUGGAAGCGCUGGACUAAUCACUUUCUCUGAUUAUAUAUUCCUACUCACUGUAUUAUCCACGUCAAGAAGACAUUUUGAAAUUGCCUUCAGAAUGUUUGAUUUUAACGGUGAUGGCGACGUAGACUCCGAAGAAUUUGGAAAAGUCGCUACCUUAAUUCGACAGCAAACUAGUAUCGGCAGUCGGCAUCGCGAUCAUGUUGCUACUGGUAACAUGUUCAAGGGUGUUAAUUCUGCAUUAACUACGUAUUUCUUCGGGUCAAGCAUGAAAGGAAAGCUUACUAUUGAGAAAUUCCUUGAAUUUCAAGAGCAGUUACAGAAAGAAAUACUCAGCUUGGAGUUUGAGAGAAGAAAUCCCGAUGACAAUGGUAGAAUAACUGAAGUAGACUUCACAGAAUUAUUAUUGGCUUAUGCUGGGUAUCCUGACAAGAAAAAGACAAAAAUAUUAAAAACCAUAAAGAAACGUUUCAAGGAGAGUCCAAAAGGAAUAAGCAAGGACGAAUAUCUCAAGUUCUUCCAUUUUUUAAACAAUAUUAACGAUGUAGACACUGCAUUGACGUUUUAUCAUAUCGCAGGAGCGUCAAUCGAUCAAGCUACACUGAAGCAUGUGGCGAAAACUGUGGCUCACGUUGACUUAACGGAUCAUGUUAUACAAGUGGUUUACACGAUUUUUGAUGAGAACAUGGAUGGUCAGUUAAGUAACAAAGAAUUUGUUGCUGUAAUGAAAAACAGAGUUUUGCGAGGAUUAGAGAAGCCAAAGGACACAGGUUUUGUGAAAUUGAUCGAAUCAAUGGUGAAAUGCUUGAAAACCAGUUACACCAUGUCCUUUGAUAAUUAA